AGGGGGCGGCGCCUCAUCUUCAAGGCUCCAACCGAGUGAUCCGGCCUCUGGAAGGUCUGGUGAUCUCUCUACGGCACUGCACAACCCUCGUGGCCGCGUCUGGCCUGGGAACCUUCAUACGACAUGGUCUUCACGUGCCACUGCCGUCAGAUUGCUUCCUCUCUAUCUUGCACUGUCUAUGUUUACGACCUAUCUCUGAUCUGGAUGAACUCGGAUGUCACUCAGGCGGUGAGUGGAGGACUGGUACCCACGGCCAUGGUGAGCAGGGAUUUUACCAGAACGAGUAUCUUCAGUCUACCACAAGCUGGCUUGGCAAUAUUCUUGAUGGGAUUAAUUUUAAGACUUCGAGUUCCUUCUGUUACAAGUUGGGCCUUCAGCAAAGAAAGAGACCGUCGUGAUCCUCCACUCCACCAAAGGAAAAAAAAAUCCAUGGUCUUCGACUCCCCCAACCGUCAUAUGAUGGCGACAGAAAGCGCUCAUAUCUCCGAAGCUACAAAGCAUCAUGGUUAUCUUGGUAGUACCUUCUUUCGGUUUUCAUCACCACAUAUAUGUAUGUAGGGAUUCAAUAUGCAUUCUUUCAUGUACCGCAAACUGGCAAGCUUGAUAUGAUUUGGAAAGAUAUUUCUGUUUUUAAAAGCCUCUUUCUCUCAUGUCUACAACUAUUUUAA